GGAUCGGGGCGCAGCAUGGAUCGGGGCACGAAAAUGGCUGUGUCCGGGGUCCUGUCCCGCCUGGCAACGGUGGCGUCGGUGGCGCUGGUGUCCCUGAUGGCUCUGCUGAUGCUAGAGGCGCGCUGCGCGGAGGGCGCGGGCAUGGGCUCUUGCUACGACGGCGCGGGGCGCGCACAGCGCUGUCUGCCUGAGUUCGAGAACGCGGCGUUCGGCCGUCGCGCCGAGGCCUCGCACACGUGCGGACGCCCUCCCGAGGACUUCUGCCCGCACGUGGGGGCUCCAGGCGCAGGGCCACAGUGCCAGCGCUGCGACGAUGCGGAUCCCCGGCUCCGCCACGACGCCUCCUACCUCACAGACUUCCACAGCCCCGAUGACAGCACCUGGUGGCAGAGCCCAUCCAUGGCUUUCGGGGUGCAGUACCCCACCUCGGUUAACCUUACCCUGCGCCUAGGGAAGGCCUAUGAGAUCACCUACGUGAGGCUGAAGUUUCACACCAGUCGCCCCGAGAGCUUUGCCAUCUACAAGCGCACGCAUCCCGGUGGACCCUGGGAGCCCUACCAGUACUACAGUGCCUCCUGCCAGAAAACCUACGGCCGUCCUGAGGGCCACUACCUGUGGCCGGGUGAGAAUGAGAGGGUGGCCUUCUGCACCUCCGAGUUCAGCGACAUCUCCCCCUUGAACGGGGGCAACGUCGCCUUCUCCACCCUGGAGGGCCGUCCCAGUGCCUACAACUUUGAGGAGAGCCCUGUGCUGCAGGAGUGGGUCACCAGCACCGAGCUCCUGAUCUCUCUGGAUCGGCUUAACACAUUUGGGGAUGACAUCUUCAAGGACCCCAGGGUGCUCCAGUCUUACUACUACGCUGUGUCUGACUUCUCUGUGGGCGGCAGGUGCAAAUGCCAUGGUCACGCCAGUGAGUGCGGCCCCGAUGAGGCCGGCCAGCUGGUUUGCCGCUGCCAGCACAACACCACGGGUGUGGACUGCGAGCGUUGUCUACCCUUCUUCCAGGAUCGUCCGUGGGCCCGUGGCACCGCAGAAGACGCCAACGAGUGUCUACCCUGCAACUGUAGUGGGCACUCUGAGGAGUGUACGUUUGACAGGGAGCUUUUCCGGAGCACGGGUCACGGUGGGCACUGUCGUCACUGCCGUGACCACACAGCCGGGCCACACUGUGAGCACUGUGAGAGGAACUAUUACAGAUGGGCCCCGAGGACACCAUGCCAACCCUGUGACUGCCAUCCAGCAGGCUCCCUGAGUCUCCAGUGUGACGACUCAGGCACCUGCACCUGCAAGCCCACGGUGACAGGUUGGAAGUGUGACCGUUGUCGGCCUGGGUUCCACUCCCUCAGCGAGGGCGGCUGCAGACCCUGUGCCUGCAAUGAUGCUGGCAGCUUGGGCACCUGUGACCCCCACAGUGGGAACUGUCCCUGCAAAAAGAAUGUUGAAGGCAGCCUAUGUGACAGAUGCCGCCCCGGGACAUUUAACCUGCAGCCCCACAACCCCGCAGGCUGCAGCAGCUGCUUCUGUUACGGCCACUCCAAGGUGUGUGCCCCCGCUGCCGGAUUCCAGGCACACCACAUCCUCUCAGACUUCCGCCAUGGAGCUGGUGGCUGGCAGGCCAGAAGCAUGGGCGCAUCAGAGCGUCCUCUGCAGCAGAAUCAGAGUGGGAUCCUCCUGGGCCUGCACGGAGGGGAGGGACUCUCAGCACCAGAGAAGUUCCUGGGAGACCAGAGGCUCAGCUAUGGACAGCCGGUCAUACUGACCCUCCGAGUUCCACCCGGGGGCUCCCCACCUGCUGUGCACCUGAGACUGGAGGGGGCAGGCUUGGCUCUGGCUCUGAGGCCCUCCAGUCCACCCAGUCCUCAGGACACCAGGCAGCCAGGACAGGUUCAGCUCUGGUUCCUCCUGCAGGAGACCUCUGAGGAGACCGAGUCCACACUGCCUGCCUUCCACUUCCAGCGGCUGCUCGCCAAUCUGACUGCUCUGAGCAUCUGGACCAGGGGCCAAGGCCUGGGCCAUUCUGGUCAAGUGUUCCUGUGUGAAGUCCGGCUCACGUCGGCCCGGCCCCAGACAGGGCUUGCCCCACCAGCCUCUUGGGUGGAGACUUGCUUGUGUCCCCAGGGAUACGCAGGCCAGUUCUGUGAAUUCUGUGCUCAGGGAUACAAAAGAGAGCUACCUCGUGGGGGUCCCUACACCAACUGCAUCCCCUGCACCUGCAACCAGCAUGGCACUUGUGAUCCCAACACAGGGAUCUGCCUGUGUGGCCACCACACCGAGGGGCCGUCCUGUGAGCGCUGUAUGCCAGGUUUCUACGGCAAUGCCUUCUCAGGCCAUGCUGGUGACUGCCAGCCCUGUCCAUGCCCUGGCCAGUCAGCCUGCACAACCAUCCCAGAGAGUGGAGAGGUGGUGUGCACACACUGUCCCCCUGGUCAGAGAGGACGGCGCUGUGAGAGCUGUGAAGACGGCUUUUUUGGGGAUCCUCUAGGACUCUCUGGAGCCCCCCAACCCUGCCGCCGGUGCCAGUGCAGCGGGAACGUGGAUCCCAAUGCUGUCGGCAACUGUGACCCCCAGACCGGCCACUGCUUGCGCUGCCUGUACAAUACCACAGGGACCCACUGCGAACGCUGUCAGGAUGGCUUCUAUGGGAGCGCCUCGGCCGCCAGGCCUGAGGACAAGUGUGCUCCUUGCAGCUGUGACCUGAGGGGCUCAGUCAGUGAGAAGAUGCCCUGCAACUCAGUGACCGGCCAGUGUGCCUGCCUACCUCACGUCACUGGAAGAGACUGCAGCCACUGCAGGCCUGGAUUCUAUGAUCUCCAGUCUGGGAGGGGCUGCCAGAGCUGCAAAUGCCACCCGCUUGGCUCCUUGGAACACAAGUGUCACCCCAAGACUGGGCAGUGCCCCUGCCGACCUGGUGUCACAGGCCAGUUCUGUGACAGAUGCCAGCUGGGUUUCUUUGGCUUCUCCAUCAAGGGCUGCCGAGACUGCAGGUGCUCUCCACUGGGUGCUGCCUCACCUCAGUGCCACGAGAACAGCACGUGUGUGUGCAGGCCUGGCUUCGUGGGUUACAAGUGUGACCGCUGCCAGGACAAUUUCUUCCUCGGGGAUGGUGACACAGGAUGCCAGGAGUGUCCCACCUGCUACGCCCUGGUGAGGGAGGAGGCAGCGAAGCUGAAGGCCAGGCUGAUGCUGAUGGAGGGGUGGGUGCAGGGGUCCGACUGUGGCAGCCCCUGGGGACCACUGGACAUUCUGCAGGGAGAAGCCCCUCGGGGGGAUGUGUACCAAGGUCAUCACCUACUUCAAGAGGCCCGGGAAGCCUUCCUGGAGCAGAUAGUGGGCCUGCAAGGUGCCAUGAAGGCCACGUGGGAGCAGUUUCAGGUGCUGAGAGGGAGUGCCCGCUGUGCCCAGGCUGGAGCUCAGAAGACCUGCCUCCAGCUGACGGAGCUGGGGGAGGCACUGCGGUCCGCAGAGGAGGAGGUCCUGCGUGCAGCCUCGGCUCUUUCGUUUCUGGUGAGUCUUCAGGAAGUAUCCAGCCCACCUACCAAUUGGAGCCAUCUGGCAUCAGAGGCCCACGUCCUUGCCAGGAGCCACAGGGACACAGCCACCGUGAUCGAAGCUGCUGCACGAAGGGCCCUGCUUGUCUCCACCACCAGCCACGAGCGCCUGUGGGAUCUGCUGAGAGGGCGGGAGGCCUUGGCAGCCCAGCGGGAACUGGAGGACAGGUACCAGGAGGUUCAGGCAGCCCAGAAUGCCCUGGGCACAGCUGUGGCAGAGGUGCUGCCCAAAGCUGAGAGGUCACUGGCCACUGUGAAGCAAGUCAUUGGUGAUGCUGCCCCACGUCUGGUCACGCUGGUCACCCCUGGAACAACGCCUCAGAACUCCCAAGCCAGGCAUCUGGACUGGAAAGCGAAGGCCCUGGAGCAGGAGCUGGCUCAGAGGGAGCGCCAGGCAGUCCAGGCUGUAGGAGCCCUGCAGGCGGAGGCUGGGGCAGCCCUGAAGAAGAUGGAGCCCUUCAUGCAGCUACACUACGAGACCACAGCUGCCCUGACACGGGCUUCCUCAGCUGUCCAGGCUGCCAUGAUGACCGUCACAGGAGCCAAGACGCUGCUAGCUGACCUCGAGGGAAUGAAGCUGAGGUUUCCUCUGCCCAAGGAGCAGGGAGCGCUGAAGAGGAGAGCAGGUAGCAUCCGGGCCAGGCUCCUGGAGGACACCAAGAGGAAGACCAGGCAGGCAGAGAGGAUGCUGGGAAACGCUGCAUCUCUCUCCUCCAGCGCCAAGAAGAAAAGCAAAGAAGCAGAACUGCUGUCCAAGGACAACGCCAAGCUCACCAGAGCUUUGCUGAGGGAGGGGAGACAGAGCCACCGCCAUGCCAGCCGACUCGCCGGCCAGACCCAGGCCACACUCCGCCAGGCCUCUCGGCUAGUACUCACCUCAGAAGCGCGCAAACAGGAGCUGGAGGAGGCUAAGCAGGUGGCCUCUGGGCUGAGCACCGUGGAGCACCAGAUCCAAGAAUCUCGAGGGUCUUUGGUGAAGGACAUCAAGGUCCUGUCAGAGCUGCUUGCCAAGCUUGGGUCGUUGGAUACCCACCAAGCUCCUGCUCAGACCCUGAAUGAGACCCAGAGGGCCCUAGAAGACUUGAGGUUGCAACUGGGUUCACGUGGAGCCCUGCAUCGCAAGCUGAGGAGGUUGGAGCAAGAGUCUGCCAGGCAGGAGCUACAGAUCCAGAGCUUUGAGAGCGACCUUGCGGAGAUCCGCGCUGACAAGCACAACUUGGAGACCAUUCUGAGCAGCCUACCAGAGCAUUGUGCCAGCUAGACCCUGGCACACCCUCCUCACCUUACUGUUUCCUGCCCACGCCCCAUAGAUGUCCCAGGUCUCCCUGCUGUGUGCUCAUGUGAAUGACCACACUCACUUGCUGGUGUGAGUACAUGUUCACAACUCCACAGGUAGCGCUGUGUGCAGCCCUCAGUGUGUGUCCCCUGCACACACAUCAGCACCCGGCACCCCAGCAUCAGUAAGAGGCGUAUCUGCAUUCGUUCAUGUAUGGACAUAUGUGUGUGUGUGUGUGUGUGUGUGUGUGUGUGUGUGUGUGUGUGUUGCACUUGUGUAUUCAGGACCAACUAUGCAUGCCCACACAUGACAGUCCAGAGCUGUCAAGAGGUAGUCAUGAGCUUGGACACACUUUGCAUCCUGGGUGAGUCCUGUUAUGAGAAAUUCCCUGACAUAUCUACAACCCUCCCUCCAGAGAGCAGAGCUUAAACAGGGGUGGCUCCUCCAAGGCUGAGAGAUCUUGAGAAGGCAAGUCCCACACUCAUGGUUACAGAACUGGCCCUGGGCCUACUAUGCCCCCACGUUGCCCACUGGUCACCCAGCAGCUCUAAGAACUGAGGUGCCAGGCAGAUCAAGAAAUGCCA